AAUAACUACAUGUUUGGGAAAACUGCCAACCAAACCCAUACAAUGUUUCAUGUGCUUAUGUUGUAUGUGUGCUAUAUGUGUUUGUGUUAUGUGUAUGCAGUGUGUGUGUGUGUGUGAGAAAAAUAGGAGAAAAGAGAGUUAUGUGAGAAUGGGAAAGGUAGACGCAAUUGCAGCAUUUCAUCGAACAGCUUAAAGGUGCCUUGCUAUGUGCGUGUGAGUGCUGUGCGUGUGUGCUGUGUUAUGUGUAUGCGGUGCUGUGUGCGUGUGUUGUGAAAGGUAGACGCAACAUUGUAGAUUGUGAUUGUGGUUGUGUUGUCGUCGGUGGUGGGUUAGUCCAUGGCGUCUCUGGACAGAGAGAGGAGGGGGAGGAAAGCUAGAGAAAGAUGUGGGGGUAGGAUGAAAUCGAACCAGAGAGAAACCCAGAACUUUGGUUCACUUUUCAAUGAAAUCGUCGAGAUUUUAGGAACUAAAAACCUUCUUGUGAAUAAAGAUUCUUCUGGAUUUUCAAUAUCUAAGAAAACCCAUUUGAGAAGUGGUGAGAAUCUUCAUAUUGCGUUGCAAAGUGUUUGUGAAAAUGCUCAGCCUAUGGAUGCUAUGGAGCUGGAAAAGGAAAAUUCUUCAUGUUUGGGAGAUACUCAAUCCGAGAACUUGGGUGAAACUGAUCAAGACAUUGCACGGGACAUCUCCUGGACCUUUGUUGUUUGCAAUUUCUCAUCCAAAUUGUACCAAGAUCUAUCAACACCCCAACUAAGAUAA